AUGUUUGACUCGGUGAAGAAAAAGCUCAGUGACUUGAGCAUCCGCUAUGCCAUGCUGUAUCCAGCCGUUCUUCGGGUCAACAUUCGCGAGGAGGAUUUCUACGAAGUACUCCCAAUUGGCAGUGACGAUGAUGGAAAAAGGAUACAGGCUGAUGAAGUGGAUGAGAAUGAUGUAAACAGUUUGCAGAAUUCAAUCAUUGACUGGACAGAAGAUGAAACAUGGACCCCAUCUAAAGACACAGAAGAAGUUUCUACUUCAGAGGAGGAAACAAGAGAGGAAGACAGUGAGUCUGACGACAGUGACACGGACUACAUACCAACAAUACGAAUCAGACCUGGAGCUUCACUUGCCUACAAUAUUGAUGAGCUUCCUGAGGCCACUGCGGAGGACAUUGUGUAUGAUGGCAUAGGACAAGACCCUCACCUCCGACCUUGUGAUGAUCCGUCCAUACCAUGCAACAGCAUCAGAGUUGAAACCCCAGAGGACAUUAGGAAGCGCUGUUCUACUGAAAUGGGUGUGUCUCAAUGUUUGAAGGAUGAAAGAGUUGUUGCACUUGGAGAUGCUAGAAUGGACAGCCCUGGUUUUUCGGCCCAAUACUGCACAUACACUGUGAUGGACAAUGGCAGUAAAAAGAUUAUGAAUAUUGCCAAUAAAGACAAGCGAGAAGCCCAGGGACAUUCCACCAUAAUGGAAAAGUUGGCAUUCAUUGAUAGUUUAGACAAACUUAGAAAUGAAGUCAAUAUUUCUGAGAUUUGUACUGAUGCGCAUACCCAGAUUUCUGCACUUUUCAGAACUGGAAUAUAUAAAGAUUCUGGAGUGGAGCAUAGCUUCGAUAUGUGGCAUGGUGCAAAGAACCUCGGGAAACGAAUACAUGCUUCUGGCCAACAGCGGGAUUGCAAAAUUCUGUUGCAGUGGAAGAAAGACAUAUGCAAUCAUUUCUGGUUUUGCUGCAAAGUAGCAGAUAAUUAUGAAAGAUUCUUUCCCAUGUGGAUUGGCUUAUUGCACCACGUCACUGGAUGUCCCAAAAUAUUUGAAUUUCAGGUCCACAGCACAUUUGGAAUCCUUCCACAAUCAUCUUCUCAUGUAUGCAAGCCUAUGAGAAGAUAUCCUGAUGGAUCCUUGCAAGGGAGAAGAGUGUUUAAUAAAAAAUCAAGAUCCUGGGCUUUUUAUGCUCUGAAGGUAAAGAAGGACUAUGCCUAUAUUCCCUCACUUCAAAGCAAGAUUGUGGCUGCUCGGAUAAACAGCAACAGAGGACUCCCAAAACACACCAAACUCAGAUCUAAUGACCCAAGACAUUUGGGGUUAGUUUGUGGUGUUCCAGGCCCAUCAACAAAAGAACUGAGGGACAAACAUGUCAGCCGUGGAGAUGUUGUUUAA